UGACCCAAAAAACGCGCGUUUGAAAGGUCGGCGGAACAUUUCAGCGCGCCAAAUUAUAAAAUUCAAAACGCUGAAGUUCCUGCUCGCCUCAUUUACAAAUCUAAACCGUUUUAUUUUUUCUUCUGUCUUUGUUAACUUAGAUGAUGGAGCUGAUCACAAACAUUCACAACCAGCCUCUCGAUUUCGCAAAGGAGGAUCCUGAGUCGUUGUUGCUUUCGAAAUAUCGCGUUCGAAAAUGCAAAAGUAUUGAGGUUCCGAUUCUAACUGACUUCUAUGGUAAUAGGCAAACCGACGUCGUCUUGAUAGAUCUUCCAGGCGAAAAUGUGGAUAAGGACAAAACAGUAUGUGCCCCUGAGCAGCAUAACAUCGCUGAAUCAGCUAUGGAUUACGAAAGUGCAGGACCAGGCGGCCCUCUUACAUUCGACUUUCUGUCUCUUUCCAAGUUAGAACGAUGCAGUGAUGAGACCGACAGAUUUCGUGGGCAUCAAAUCGUGACAUCAACAUCAUAUUUUGACUGCAAUCCAUUGCAGGCGCAAGUCGCUUUUGGUCUCCGCAACAGAAUGCUGUCUAAAAGUUUUGCUUCUGUGUUGGAGAAGAAGCUUGAUAAACUACCCAUUUGGAUUGCUGCUAACGCUGAUAUGCUCGGAACAACGUUCGUGGGUUUCUGUGCGACCGAUGGGAAAAUUUCAACUUUUCACACUAGAUGUUUAGGAUGUUUCGGAACGGAAUGUGAGAGCAUGCUUCAAAGCCUUUGUCAACGUUUUGGGGACGGAUUAGAAACAAGAAGCAAGGCAAUGGCACUGUACAAGAUACUGGGGAACAAAGCAUCCUCAGUGUGGGGACCCGGCAUGCUUCUUUCGGACAUGACUCUCACAUUCAAAUGGGAGGCAAAGGAAAAAGACUACUUACUGGCUCCAUCACCAUCUGCGAUAGCGAUGUUUCGGUUUUCACCAGGGUGGAAAGACAAGCGAGUAGCUCUUCUAGAGAACACCGAAGAACUUGAAUAUCUGCUGCUAAUGGCAUCUGUGUUGGAUUCUGGAGCAAAAAUGGUCUGGCCAACCGCCAAUGAAAUUGCCAUAAAUGAGAUACUUGAGGAAGUCCGCGAACUCAUUGCGAAAUAUAGAGUUCAAAAUAACGAAACCAAAAACACAGCCCAUGGAACAAGACAUGUGGACUUCACCGAACUUCUAUGGGAUAUCUUGAAGAAGUGCCCAAACUUCGAAACAUUAGUUGCUGGACUGAAUAUAGUUUUCGACGCACUGAAACAAUGUCGUAUCAAUGCCAUAUUGCAUGAAGACAACAAGUCCACUAUUGCACGUCUUAUCAGGGAUGCACAAUCCCGUAAUUUGAUGCUACCUCGACUUGAAGCCUUAACAUCAAUCCAGAUUCUUCUUGAGAUAGGCGUAGAACGUUUUAGGAGGGACAUGGUUCAAGCCUACAUCACCGCCGGGUUCAUGACAAAUGACUCGGAUCUGGACUUGAAACCUCAGCCUAAUGCAACACCUGAGGAAAGAGCUCGAGCGCUUCUUCCCCUACAUCUUGCUCUUCAAACUAUGCUUGAAAUUCAGCGACACCUUACAUUGCCUGAGCAUAUCCUUACAACUAUGACGAGGUCGGUGAUCAACAAGUAUUGUUCAACUCCAAUCGUUGACAUUACGAAGGUGCACUAUGAGACCACUGUACCAUUAAUCCAUGUCAAACCUGAUCUGCUACAAAAAUUACCAGACUUAUGGACGAACGAAACAUUGUAUCUGCAUGGCAACUCUGUGGUCGCUACGACUCUUAUCCAUCUUACUCGUGAUCCUAGGUUGCGCUACUUGGAAAAUAGAACGAGCUUUAUCGAAGAGGAGGAAGCGAUUGAAGAUGAGGCCGAUAAACGUUCAGCUUUCCUUUGCACGCAUACCACUAGCAGUCACCUCAGUGCUGAAGAUCUGGAAGAGUGGCACUAA